AUGACAGACCUCGGAGAGAAGUCGGCUCCCCUUGCCACGGUCGCCGAGACAGACACCGCCGUCAAUUCCAGACACAGCGCAUCAGGCCAGGUCGACAAUGAGACAAGCAACAGCGACCAAACUGACGCUGGCAAGGCCAAAGACAGCAAGGAGAAGAAACCCGGGUCGCUCCACUUCUUCUUCCGCGUGCACUGGUCUUACUCGACACCUCUGGAUCACGCCCUCCGGCUCAUCGGCCUGCUUGCUGCCAUCGCCUCCGGUAUUCUGCCCCCGCUGAUGACGGUGGUGUUUGGCUCUUCGGUGAAUCAGUUCAACAAUUACGAAAAUGGCAGUAUUUCGGGGCAGGACCUCUACCGCAACAUGUCAAAGAACGCCCUCUGGCUGCUCUACCUCUUCAUCGGCCGCUUCUUUCUCGUCUACGUGCAUUCCACGUGCUUUGGUCUGGUGGGCAUUCGCGUGACUAGGGCAUUCCGCGUCGAUUUCAUUCGGUCGAUGAUCCGGCAGGAUGUUUCCUUCAUCGACUCUUGCGCGCCUGGCACCGUCGCGUCUACUAUUUCCAAUAGCGCCGACAUGGUGGAAAACGGCAGCACCGAGAAGGUCGGCAGUUUGAUCCAGAACAUGUCCAUGUUCGUUGCCGCUUUUGUGGUCGCUUUUACGCGGCAGUGGAAGCUCACCCUUGUCACGGCUACCUCGCUGCCCGUUCUCUUCAUCGGGUUCAAAAUCACCUUCGGCCUCGACGCCAAGAUUGAGGCAAAGAUCCUAGAGAUAUAUAACCGCGCCGGUGGCCUGGUUGAGGAGGCUCUGGGUUCGACCCGAAUCGUGACGGCUUACAAUGCCAGUGCUAAGCUGAGCCGCAAGUACGACGACUACCUGGCCGCGGCGCAGAAGCUCGGCUUCCGCAAGGGCCCCGUCAUCGGGGUCCAGUGGAGUGUGGAGUUCUUCACCAUCUACUGCGCCUACUCGCUUGCCUGGUUCUACGGCGUAAAGCUGCUUAACAACGGCGAGAUCGGCGGCGGUGGGCAAAUCAUCUCGGUGCUGCUCGCGGUCCUUUUGGGCACAAACGCCGCAUCCAACGUGGCCCCGGGAUUCGGUGACUUCGCCAAGGCUUCAGCUGCCGCUAAGGGCAUGUUCGAGAUGAUCGACCGCAAGUCUGAGAUCGAUCCCCUGGCCGACACGGGCGAGCGGCCCGACAAGUGUGAAGGUAUGGUUGAGCUACGCAACAUCAGCUUUGCUUAUCCGUCGCGGCCCUCUGUUCAAGUCUUGCGCGACGUCAGCCUCACCUUCGAGGCCGGUAAGGUCACGGCGCUGGUGGGUGCGUCUGGGUCUGGAAAGAGUACCAUUGUCGGACUGGCCGAACGGUGGUUCAGCCCGACCAGCGGAUCCAUCCACGUGGACGGUCAUGACAUUGCCGACUUGGACCUCAGAUGGCUGCGUGGGAGGAUCGGCCUCGUUCAGCAAGAGCCAGUGCUCUUCAGCGACACAAUCUACAACAACGUAGUCCACGGGCUAUACGGAACGCCUAUGAACGAUCUCCCUGAGCCUGAGAAGAGAGAACUCGUCCGACAAGCCUGCAUCCAGGCGUUUGCGGAUGAGUUCAUCCAGGAGCUGCCGCAAAAGUACGACACCAGGGUCGGAGAACGCGGCGCUCUGUUGAGUGGAGGUCAAAAGCAGCGUGUUGCCAUUGCCCGGAGUGUCAUCUCUAAUCCGCAGAUCCUGCUACUGGACGAAGCUACCUCGGCCUUGGAUCCUACGGCAGAGAGGAAAGUGCAGGCUUCCCUUGACAAUGUUUCUAAGCAACGUACCACAAUCAUGAUUGCGCACAAACUUUCAACGGUCCAGAAAGCCGACAAGAUCAUCGUGCUUAGUCGGGGCGAGGUCGUAGAGCAGGGCGCCCACCAACAGCUGCUCGAUCUACGGGGAGCGUACCACCAGCUCGUCAAUGCCCAGACUCUCAAUACGGGCGAGGCAGCAGCUGCACAAGCGGUUAUUGAGACGUACGCGUCCUCAGAAGUUCCAAGUAGAGAUGAUAGCUCAGUCGAAGGCGUAGAGGAGAAACCAGUAGUCUUGUCCAAGUCUGCAACCAAGCAAUCCCAACUGGCAGCAGAUCCGGCAGAGGAUGAAGACGAGGCCAAGGACGAAGACGCGGACGUUUCCCGCAAGCUUUCCAUCGUCAAGUGCCUCAAAAUCAUCAUCUGGAAGGAGCACUGGCACAUCUGGCCAAUCUGGCUCUUUGGAAUCCUCUCCUCGGCAGCUGGCGGCGGUCUCUUCCCCGCACAGGCCGUCCUCUUCGGAUCCAGUCUCCCGACACUGCAGCUCCCUCCCGGCCACCACCUGGUAGAGCGCGGUAACUUUUGGGCAUUGAUGUACUUCGUCUUCAGCCUAGGUGUCUUCGUGUGCUACCUCGGCGUCGGGUUCUUCUGGACUGUGGCAUCGUUCCACACCACGCGCUUCUACCGCCGGGGGUAUUUCGACGCUAUGCUGCGGCAGGAUGUUGCCUUUUUUGACACCACGGGCCACGGUGCGUCCGAGAUGACCAGCCGGCUCUCGCUGCAUCCCCAGAGGCUUCAGAACUUGCUGUCCACCAACCUUGCUCUUAUCAUAGUCAUCUUUGUUGACAUCAUCUCGUGUUUCGUUCUGGCAGUUGCCAUGGGAUGGCGCCUGGGUCUGGUCGUCAUCGCGGGCGGCAUGCCGACACUUUUCGGUGCCGGCUUUUUCCGUCUGCGCCUCGAGAUGGCCAACGAGGACCGUCUGACCCAGAUGUAUCUGGAAAGCGCCCGCUUCGCGUCCGAGGCUGUCGGCGCCAUUCGCACCGUCUCUAGCUUGACGUUGGAAGAAAAGAUCCUGAACGGCUUCCAGGCUCGUCUUGAUGAGUGCGCCAGCCGGGAGUUGCGUAGCAAGAUGAUAACUAUGAUCGUCCAUGCAUUCGCCGAGAGUAUCAACAUGGCCGUGACGGGCCUGGCCUUCUGGUAUGGCGGCAAGCUGUUGUCUGAGGGUCACUACGAUAUGCGGACAUUCUUCAUUGUCUUCAUGGCGGUGCUAAUGGGGUCGCAAUCGGGCGGCGUCCUGUUCGGCUUUUCAUCCAACGUUUCGAAAGCACACUCCGCGGCAAACCACAUCAUUGACUUGCGCACAUCGCAGCCUCCCAUAAACACCUCCUCCGGCGCCAAGGAACUGUCGGCGAGCGAGAGGAGUUCGGUGGCCAUUGAGUUCCGCGACGUGACCUUCGCAUAUCCCAGCCGGCCCAGUCGCUCUGUACUACACGGUCUUAAUCUCAAGAUCCAAAAGGGCCAGUCCGUUGGCAUCGUAGGUGCCUCGGGCUGCGGCAAGAGCACCAUGGUUGCCCUCCUAGAGCGAUUUUACGACAUCAGCUCCGGACAGCUCCUCGUCGAGGGCACGCCCCUCCGAGACCUGGACGUGCAAUUCCACCGCUCCCGCAUCGGCCUUGUGUCGCAGGAAACGGCGCUGUUCCAGGGCAGCAUCCGGGAUAACAUUCUCCUCAGUCUUCCAGACGACGAAGCGGCGGCGCCCGACGCAGACGAGCGCGUGGAGCGCGCGUGCCGGUCGGCCAACAUGCACGACUUUAUUAGCAGCUUGCCCGACGGGUACGCGACCGAUGUCGGAAACCGCGGUGUCGCUCUCUCUGGAGGCCAGCGCCAGCGUCUCGCAAUCGCGCGGGCGCUCAUCCGUGAGCCGGAGGUGUUGCUGUUUGACGAAGCCACCAGCGCAUUGGACACCGCCAACGAGGCGCUGGUGCAGGCCGCCAUCGAGGCGGUCGCGCGGGAGAAGCCCGGUCGAACCACUAUUGCCGUUGCUCAUCGCCUGUCAACUAUACAGCGCUGCGACCGCAUCUUUGUGCUGCACCGAGGCCAGGUGGCCGAGGAGGGCACCCACGAGGAACUGUUUCAGAGGCGAGGAAGGUAUUAUGACAUGGUCUUAGCUCAGUCGCUGGACAGAGAAGUUGUCGCCAGUGUCUGA